AUGGGUCUCAGGCGAGCGCUGAGGGUGCAGCUCUCUGCCCUCUGUCGCCGCGCCCCGCUGUCUACCGCGCCAGCGGCCCGAGAGCAGCCCGCCGCGGGCCCGGGAACCGAGCCCGGGCGCGGGCCGGCCGAAACCGCGCGGCCGCCGGUGCCCGCCGUGGACUUCGGCAACACGCAGGAGGCGUACCGGAGCCGGCGCAGCUGGGAGCUGGUGCGCAGCCUGCUGGUGCUGCGCCUCUGCGCCUCGCCGGCGCUGCUGGCGCGCCACGAGCAGUUGCUGCAUCUCGCCAGGAGACUUCUGGGGCAAAGGUUGUUCAACACGCUGAUGAAGAUGACCUUCUAUGGGCAGUUUGUGGCUGGCGAGGACCAGGAGUCCAUCCGGCCCCUGAUCCAGCACAACAGGGCCUUUGGCGUGGGCUCCAUCCUGGACUACGGUGUGGAGGAGGACCUGACGCCCGAGGAGGCUGAGCGCUCGGAGAUGGAGUCCUGUUCCUCAGCCUUGGAGCGUGACGGCCACGGUAUCAGUAAGAGGGAGAAGCAGUUCCAGGCACACCGGGCCUUCGGGGACCGCAGGGACGGGGUCACCAGUGCCCGCACCUACUUCUACGCCAGUGAGGCCAAGUGUGACAGCCACAUGGAGACCUUCCUGCGCUGCAUCGAGGCCUCAGGCAGAGCCAGCGAGGAUGGCUUCUCAGCCAUUAAGCUCACGGCGCUGGGGAGACCGCAGUUUCUGCUGCAGUUCUCGGACGUGCUGACUAAGUGGAGACGCUUCUUCCACCACGUGGCUGCUGAGCAGGGCAAGGCCGGGCUGGCCGCCGUGGACACGAAGCUGGAGGUGGCCGCGCUGCAGGAAAGUGUGGUUAAGAUGGGCAUCGCGUCCCGGGCAGAGAUUGAGGACUGGUUCACUGCGGAGACACUGGGCGUGUCUGGCACGCUGGACCUGCUGGACUGGUGCAGCCUCAUCAACAGCAGGACCGAGCUCUCCAGGCACCUGGUGGUCCCCAACAUGCAGACGGGACGGCUGGAGCCCCUGCUGUCACGGUUCACAGAGGAGGAGGAGCGGCAGAUGACACGCAUGCUGCAAAGGAUGGACGUGCUGGCCAAGAAAGCCAGCCAGGCGGGUGUGCGGCUGAUGGUGGAUGCGGAGCAGACCUACUUCCAGCCAGCCAUCAGCCGCCUGACGCUGGAGAUGCAGUGCAGAUUCAACGUGGAGAGGCCGCUCAUCUUCAACACGUUCCAGUGCUACCUCAGGGAUGCCUACGACAAUGUCACCCUGGACGUGGAGCUGGCUCGCCGGGAGGGCUGGUGUUUCGGGGCGAAGCUGGUGCGCGGUGCGUACAUGGCUCAGGAGCGUGCCCGUGCACUGGAGGUGGGCUACGAGGACCCCAUCAACCCCACGUACGAGGCCACCAGCAUCGUGUACCACAGGUGCCUGGACUAUGUCCUGGAGGAGCUGAAGCACAACGCCAGGGCCGCAGUGAUGGUGGCCUCGCACAAUGAGGACACCGUGCGCUUCACUCUGCACAGGAUGGAGGAGCUGGGCCUGCACCCCGCCAACCGCCAGGUGUACUUUGGACAGCUUCUGGGCAUGUGUGACCAGAUCAGCUUCCCGCUGGGCCAGGCAGGCUUCCUGGUGUACAAGUACGUCCCUUAUGGGCCUGUGAUGGAGGUGCUGCCCUACUUGUCCCGCCGCGCCCUAGAGAACAGCGGGGUCAUGAAGGGGGCUCAGCGGGAGCGGCAGCUGCUGUGGCAGGAGCUCAAGCGGAGGCUCUGCACCGGCAGCCUCUUCCACCAGCCGGCCUAG